CUGCUUUCAGUUCUGGCCCAGAGUCCUGGGGGAGGGCAGUCGGGUGCUGCCGGCAGUGGAGACACCGGCGGCCUCACAAUUCCUCUUUCCUCUACACCCUAGGCAGAGCCAUGAGCCACCAGAUCCUGCUCCUCCUGGCCAUGCUGACCCCGGGCCUGGCUAUCUCUCAGCACCGAGAACAAGUGCCCUGUAGGACGGUGAACAAGGAGGCCUUGUGCCAAGGCCUUGGCCUUCUUCGGGUCCCCUCAGUGCUCUCGUUGGACAUCCGAGCUCUCUACUUGUCUGGGAACAAGCUGCAGAGCAUCCUGAUCUCCCCACUGGGCUCCUACACAGCACUUCGUCACCUGGACUUAAGUGUCAACGAGAUCAGCUUCCUCCAGCCGGGAGUCUUCCAGGCCCUGCCCCACUUGGAACAUCUCAACCUAGCCCACAACCGGCUCGCCAUGGGCAUGGCACUGAACAGUGGUGGUCUGGGCCGCCUGCCCCUUGUGGCCUCCCUGGACCUGUCUGGGAACAGCCUGUACGGUAGCCUGGUGGAGCGGCUGUUGGGUGAGGCCCCGAGCCUGCAUACCCUCUCACUGGCAGAGAACAGCCUCACUCGCCUGGCACGCCACACCUUCUGGGGCAUGCCGGCGCUGGAGCAGCUGGACCUCCACAGCAACAUACUGAUGGACAUUGAGGACGGUGCCUUCGAGACCCUCCCCCACCUGACCCACCUCAACCUCUCCAGGAACUCCCUCACCUGCAUCUCGGACUUCAGCCUCCAGCAGCUGCAGGUACUUGACCUGAGCUGCAACAGCAUUGAGGCAUUCCAGACGGCCCCAGAACCCCAGGUCCAGUUCCAGCUGGCCUGGCUCGACCUCCGGGAGAACAAGCUGCUCCACUUCCCUGACCUGGCUGCAUUCCCAAGACUCAUCUACCUGAACGUAUCCAACAACCUCAUCCGGCUCCCUGCGGGGUUGCCCCAGGACAGUGAGGACCUCCAUGCACCCUCUGAGGGCUGGUCAGCCUCUCUACUGUCCAACCCCAGCCGGAAUGCCAGCACCAAUCCCCUCUCCCAGCUCCUGAGCCUGGAUUUGAGUUACAAUGAGAUUGAGCAGGUCCCUGCCAGCUUUCUUGAACAUCUGACCUCCCUGCGCUUCCUCAACCUCAGCCGAAACUGCCUGCAAUCCUUUGAAGCCCGGCGUGUGGGCUCCCUUCCCUGCCUGGUGCUUUUGGACUUGAGCCACAAUGCGCUGGAAGCAUUGGAACUGGGCGCCAAAGUCCUGGGGUCCCUGAAGACAUUGCUUCUGCAGGACAAUGCCCUGCAAGAACUACCACCCUAUACCUUUGCCAGCUUGGCUAGCCUGCAGAGGCUCAACCUAUGGGGAAACCAGGUCAGUCCCUGUGGGGGACCAGCAGAGCCAGGUCCCCCAGGCUGUGUGGACUUCUCUGGGAUCCCCACCCUCCGUGUUCUGAACAUGGCAGGGAACUCGAUGGAGAUGCUCAGGGCAGGCAGCUUCCUCCACACCCCACUUACUGAACUGGAUCUCUCUGACAAUCCUGGUCUGGAUGUGGCCACAGGAGCCUUGGUAGGCCUGGAGGCAUCCUUGGAGGUACUGAAACUUCAAGGCAAUGGGCUGAUGGUCUUGAACGUGGACUUGCCAUGCUUCCGCCGUCUCAAGCUCCUUAACCUUUCCGAGAACCGCCUCAGCCACCUGCCUGCCUGGACACAGGCUGUGUCCCUGGAGGUGCUGGAUCUGCGGAACAAUAGCUUCAGCCUCUUGCCAGGCAAUGCCAUGGGUGGCCUGGAGACUAGCCUCCGGCGCCUGUACUUACAAGGAAAUCCACUCAGCUGCUGCGGCAAUGGUUGGCUGGCGGCCCAGUUACACCAGGGCCGAGUGGCUGUGGAUGCUACUCAGGACCUGAUCUGCCGCUUUGGCUCUCAGGAGGAGGUGUCCCUGAGCCAUGUGCGUCCAGAGGAUUGUGAGAAGGGAGGGCUCAAGAACAUCAACCUCAUCAUCAUCCUCACCUUCACGCUGGCCUCUGCCGUCAUCCUCACCACGCUGGCCACCUGCUGCUUCCUCCGUAGGCAGAAGUUCAGCCAACAAUACAAAGCCUAGGGGGUCCUCUUCCCACUCAGUGUGGAAGCCCGAGGGGCAGAGAAGCUGGGGU